AUGAGCUGCAACGGUUGUCGCGUGUUACGAAAAGGCUGCAGCGAGAGCUGCGUGAUCCGCCACUGCCUCGCGGGGAUCGACGGCGCGGAGGCGCAGGGCCACGCGACGCUCUUCCUCGCCAAGUUCUACGGCCGCGCGGGCCUAAUGGGCUUCAUCUCUGGGGUCGAGGAGAUCCAACGGCCCGCGCUCUUCCAGUCGCUGCUCUUCGAGGCGUGCGGCCGCACCAUCAAUCCCGUUUACGGCGCUUCGGGACUGCUCUGGACGGGCCAGUGGCAUUUCUGCGAGGCUGCGGUCGACGCCGUGCUUCGCGGAGGGUCGAUAAAGCCGAUAUCUGACACUUCCGCUCCAGCCGUCACUUCCCCUACUGAUCCUCCUGCUCCCCAGGUCCCCACUCCCACUGUCCGGCCGAUCGUAGCCGCUUGUGCGCUCCCUACUCCCACCGUGAUGACGUCAGCGGGGCCUGUAAUGAUGGUCGGAAACUCCGCUGCACCUUCGUCGUUCCCGCCGUCCGUUUUUCCCGCCGGCGCGCCGUUCUUUCCCGGCGCAAUGGGCGUCCUGAGGCCACGCGCUGCACCGGCAGCAGCAGCGGGCGGCGCGCGGGCGGCACCAGAGCGCACGGAGAGCCCUGCCAGCUGCCUGUCCCCCAUGGCUAGUGGCGUCAGUGGGAGCAGACCGAGUGGGCUGAGCGGGUCCAAGAGCAGCAGAGGCCCUGAAGAGAGCAGUGCACUGCUGCUGGCGCCUGUGGCCAGACGACCAAAGCUCAUGCAUGCCCCAACCUCAGACUCGCCGCAAUUCGUCCCUCCGAACCUGCAGCUCCGGACAGACCUGGGAGGAAGCAGCGCCGCACGAGUGAGAGCAGGAUCGGAAUCACUCGACUCACAUGCAACAGUAGAAGCGCCAGAUUUCUACCCACCAGCCUCGUUUCCCGCACCAGGUGCUGCAGCUAACCCGUGGCGGUCUCUUUGCAGAUCUGGGAUUGAGGAGGGGAUGCAUCAGCAGCACAGCAGCACUUUCCUGUCUGUGCAUGAUGGUGUUCACGGCAAGCAGAGCUCUCCUGCCCCGUGGUUAGCCCCGUGGUUAGCCCUGUGCCUGGCCUACGUGGGGGUUGCUGAGGUGGGCGCAUGGUUGGUCGCAUGGGUGGGUGCAUGGCGCCCGCCUCACAUCACAGAGGAGUGGCGCCCGCCUCACAUCACAGAGGAGUGGCGCCCGCCUCACAUCACAGAGGAGUGGCGCCCGCCUCACAUCACAGAGGAGUGGCGCCCGCCUCACACCACAGAGGAGUGGCGCCCGCCUCACAUCACAGAGGAGUGGCGCCCGCCUCACACCACAGAGGAGUGGCGCCCGCCUCACAUCACAGAGGAGUGGAGCCCGCCUCACACCACAGAGGAGUGGCGCCCGCCUCACAUCACAGAGGAGUGGCGCCCGCCUCACACCACAGAGGAGUGGCGCCCGCCUCACACCACAGAGGAGUGGCGCCCGCCUCACACCACAGAGGAGUGGCGCCCGCCUCACACCACAGAGGAGUGGCGCCCGCCUCACAUCACAGAGGAGUGGCGCCCGCCUCACACCACAGAGGAGUGGCGCCCGCCUCACAUCACAGAGGAGUGGCGCCCGCCUCACACCACAGAGGAGUGGCGCCCGCCUCACACCACAGAGGAGUGGCGCCCGCCUCACACCACAGAGGAGUGGCGCCCGCCUCACACCACAGAGGAGUGGCGCCCGCCUCACACCACAGAGGAGUGGCACCCGCCUCACAUCACAGAGGAGUGGCGCCCGCCUCACACCACAGAGGAGUGGCGCCCGCCUCACACCACAGAGGAGUGGCGCCCGCCUCACACCACAGAGGAGUGGCGCCCGCCUCACAUCACAGAGGAGUGGCGCCCGCCUCACACCACAGAGGAGUGGCGCCCGCCUCACAUCACAGAGGAGUGGCGCCCGCCUCACAUCACAGAGGAGUGGCGCCCGCCUCACACCACAGAGGAGUGGCGUCCGCCUCACAUCACAGAGGAGUGGCGCCCGCCUCACAUCACAGAGGAGUGGCGUCCGCCUCACAUCACAGAGGAGUGGCGCCCGCCUCACACCACAGAGGAGUGGCGCCCGCCUCACAUCACAGAGGAGUGGCGCCCGCCUCACACCACAGAGGAGUGGCGCCCGCCUCACACCACAGAGGAGUGGCGCCCGCCUCACACCACAGAGGAGUGGCGCCCGCCUCACAUCACAGAGGAGUGGCGCCCGCCUCACACCACAGAGGAGUGGCGCCCGCCUCACACCACAGAGGAGUGGCGCCCGCCUCACACCACAGAGGAGUGGCGCCCGCCUCACAUCACAGAGGAGUGGCGCCCGCCUCACAUCACAGAGGAGUGGCGCCCGCCUCACACCACCGAGGAGUGGCGCCCGCCUCACACCACAGAGGAGUGGCGCCCGCCUCACAUCACAGAGGAGUGGCGCCCGCCUCACACCACAGAGGAGUGGCGCCCGCCUCACAUCACAGAGGAGUGGCGCCCGCCUCACACCACAGAGGAGUGGCGCCCGCCUCACACCACAGAGGAGUGGCGCCCGCCUCACAUCACAGAGGAGUGGCGCCCGCCUCACAUCACAGAGGAGUGGCGCCCGCCUCACACCACAGAGGAGUGGCGCCCGCCUCACACCACAGAGGAGUGGCGCCCGCCUCACACCACAGAGGAGUGGCGCCCGCCUCACAUCACAGAGGAGUGGCGCCCGCCCCACACCACAGAGGAGUGGCGCCCGCCUCACACCACAGAGGAGUGGCGCCCGCCUCACAUCACAGAGGAGUGGCGCCCGCCUCACACCACAGAGGAGUGGCGCCCGCCUCACACCACAGAGGAGUGGCGCCCGCCUCACAUCACAGAGGAGUGGCGCCCGCCUCACACCACAGAGGAGUGGCGCCCGCCUCACAUCACAGAGGAGUGGCGCCCGCCUCACAUCACAGAGGAGUGGCGCCCGCCCCACACCACAGAGGAGUGGCGCCCGCCUCACACCACAGAGGUGUGGCGCCCGCCUCACAUCACAGAGGAGUGGCGCCCGCCUCACAUCACAGAGGAGUGGCGCCCGCCUCACAUCACAGAGGAGUGGCGCCCGCCUCAGACCACAGAGGAGUGGCGCCCGCCUCACACCACAGAGGAGUGGCGCCCGCCUCACAUCACAGAGGAGUGGCGCCCGCCUCACACCACAGAGGAGUGGCGCCCGCCUCACACCACAGAGGAGUGGCGCCCGCCUCACAUCACAGAGGAGUGGCGCCCGCCUCACACCACAGAGGAGUGGCGCCCGCCUCACAUCACAGAGGAGUGGCGCCCGCCUCACACCACAGAGGAGUGGCGCCCGCCUCACACCACAGAGGAGUGGCGCCCGCCUCACACCACAGAGGAGUGGCGCCCGCCUCACAUCACAGAGGAGUGGCGCCCGCCUCACACCACAAAGGAGUGGCGCCCGCCUCACAUCACAGAGGAGUGGCGCCCGCCCCACACCACAGAGGAGUGGCGCCCGCCUCACAUCACAGAGGAGUGGCGCCCGCCUCACACCACAGAGGAGUGGCGCCCGCCUCACACCACAGAGGAGUGGCGCCCGCCUCACAUCACAGAGGAACGCCCGCCUCACAUCACAGAGGAGUGGCGCCCGCCUCACACCACAGAGGAGUGGCGCCCGCCUCACAUCACAGAGGAGUGGCGCCCGCCUCACAUCACAGAGGAGUGGCGCCCGCCUCACACCACAGAGGAGUGGCGCCCGCCUCACACCACAGAGGAGUGGCGCCCGCCUCACAUCACAGAGGAGUGGCGCCCGCCUCACACCACAGAGGAGUGGCGCCCGCCUCACACCACAGAGGAGUGGCGCCCGCCUCACAUCACAGAGGAGUGGCGCCCGCCCCACACCACAGAGGAGUGGCGCCCGCCUCACACCACAGAGGUGUGGCGCCCGCCUCACAUCACAGAGGAGUGGCGCCCGCCUCACAUCACAGAGGAGUGGCGCCCGCCUCACAUCACAGAGGAGUGGCGCCCGCCUCACAUCACAGAGGAGUGGCGCCCGCCUCAGACCACAGAGGAGUGGCGCCCGCCUCACACCACAGAGGAGUGGCGCCCGCCUCACACCACAGAGGAGUGGCGCCCGCCUCACAUCACAGAGGAGUGGCGCCCGCCUCACACCACAGAGGAGUGGCGCCCGCCUCACACCACAGAGGAGUGGCGCCCGCCUCACAUCACAGAGGAGUGGCGCCCGCCUCACACCACAGAGGAGUGGCGCCCGCCUCACAUCACAGAGGAGUGGCGCCCGCCUCACACCACAGAGGAGUGGCGCCCGCCUCACACCACAGAGGAGUGGCGCCCGCCUCACAUCACAGAGGAGUGGCGCCCGCCUCACACCACAGAGGAGUGGCGCCCGCCUCACACCACAGAGGAGUGGCGCCCGCCUCACAUCACAGAGGAGUGGCGCCCGCCUCACACCACAGAGGAGUGGCGCCCGCCUCACAUCACAGAGGAGUGGCGCCCGCCUCACAUCACAGAGGAGUGGCGCCCGCCUCACACCACAGAGGAGUGGCGCCCGCCUCACAUCACAGAGGAGUGGCGCCCGCCUCACAUCACAGAGGAGUGGCGCCCGCCUCACACCACAGAGGAGUGGCGCCCGCCUCACACCACAGAGGAGUGGCGCCCGCCUCACAUCACAGAGGAGUGGCGCCCGCCUCACACCACAGAGGAGUGGCGCCCGCCUCACACCACAGAGGAGUGGCGCCCGCCUCACAUCACAGAGGAGUGGCGCCCGCCCCACACCACAGAGGAGUGGCGCCCGCCUCACACCACAGAGGAGUGGCGCCCGCCUCACAUCACAGAGGAGUGGCGCCCGCCUCACACCACAGAGGAGUGGCGCCCGCCUCACAUCACAGAGGAGUGGCGCCCGCCCCACACCACAGAGGAGUGGCGCCCGCCUCACACCACAGAGGAGUGGCGCCCGCCUCACAUCACAGAGGAGUGGCGCCCGCCUCACAACACAGAGGAGUGGCGCCCGCCUCACAUCACAGAGGAGUGGCGCCCGCCUCACAUCACAGAGGAGUGGCGCCCGCCUCACACCACAGAGGAGUGGCGCCCGCCUCACACCACAGAGGAGUGGCGCCCGCCUCACAUCACAGAGGAGUGGCGCCCGCCUCACAUCACAGAGGAGUGGCGCCCGCCUCACAUCACAGAGGAGUGGCGCCCGCCUCACAUCACAGAGGAGUGGCGCCCGCCUCACACCACAGAGGAGUGGCGCCCGCCUCACAUCACAGAGGAGUGGCGCCCGCCUCACACCACAGAGGAGUGGCGCCCGCCUCACAUCACAGAGGAGUGGCGCCCGCCUCACACCACAGAGGAGUGGCGCCCGCCUCACAUCACAGAGGAGUGGCGCCCGCCUCACACCACAGAGGAGUGGCGCCCGCCUCACAUCACAGAGGAGUGGCGCCCGCCUCACACGACAGAGGAGUGGCGCCCGCCUCACAUCACAGAGGAGUGGCGCCCGCCUCACACCACAGAGGAGUGGCGCCCGCCUCACAUCACAGAGGCGUGGAGGGCUGGAUGGCCCUUAGGAUGCGGAAGCGUGGGGAGUGGAGGAAGCGAGGAGGAGGAAGCGAGGGGAGUAGAGGAAGCGAGGCGGGAGAAGAGGGCUGAAUGGCCCUUAGGAGGAGGAAGCGUGGGGAGUGGAGGAAGCGAGGUGGGAGAGGAGGGCUGGAUGGCCCUUGGGAGGAGGAAGCGAGGGGAGUGGAGGAAGCGAGAUGGGAGAGGAGGGCUGGAUGGUCCUUUAAAGGAUGAAGCGUGGGGAGUGGAGGAAGCGAGUGGGGGAGGAGGGCUGGGUGGGCGCAUGGGUGGGCGCAUGGUGGGCGAGCGCAUGGGUGGGCGCAUGGGUGGGCGCAUGGGUGGUCGCAUGGGUGGCCGCAUGGGUGGGCGCAUGGGUGGGCGCAUGGUCGGGCACAUGGGUGGGCAGGCGCAUGGGUGGGCGCAUGGGUGGGUGCAUGGGUGGUCGCAUGGGUGGCCGCAUGGGUGGGCGCAUGUGUGGGGGCAUGGGUGGGGGCAUGGGUGGGCGCAUGGGUGGCCGCAUGGGUGGCCGCAUGGGUGGGCGCAUGGGUGGGCGCAUGGUGGGCCGGCGCAUGGGUGGACGCAUGGGUGGGCGCAUGGGUGGGCGCAUGGGUGGGCGCAUGGGUGGGCGCAUGGUGGGCCGGCGCAUGGGUGGACGCAUGGGUGGGCGCAUGGGUGGUCGCACGGGUGGCCGCAUGGGUGGGCGCAUGGGUGGCCGCAUGGUGGGCCGGCGCAUGGGUGGACGCAUGGGUGGGCGCAUGGGUGGUCGCGUGGCCGCAUGGGUGGGCGCAUGGGUGGGCGCAUGGGUGCGCGCAUGGGUGGGCGCAAGGGUGGUCGCAUGGGCGGGCGCAUGGUCGGGCGCAUGGGCGGGCGCAUGGGCAGGCGCAUGGUCGGGCGCAUGGUCGGGCGCAUGGUCGGGCGCAUGGUCGGGCGCAUGGUCGGGCGACAACAGUUAUAG